AAGUAUUUAUUAUUUAAAGGUUAACAAGUUUUAUUUUUAUUUUUCACUUUUUCCCUAAAUAUUUUACAAAAAGUUAUUAAGCCUUCCUCUCAAUUUAUCUUAGAUCUAAAGCAAACACAUAUAAAUCCAUUAACAAAUAUUACAUCUAAUUCCUGUUCACUUGCUAUUUGAUGCAGAUUCAAGGUUGAAGUUUUUAGAUGGAUCCGAACAUUGAGGAAGCUCUCAGAGCAAAAGAGAAUGCAGAGAAGUUAUUUGCGGUGAGAGAUUUUGGAGGUGCGAGGCAGUAUGCUUUGAGGGCCCAAAGUUUAUGCCCUCAACUGGAGGGUAUUUCUCAAAUGGUAGCUACAUUUGAAAUAUACGCAGCUACAGAGGCGAGUAUGAAUCGGGAAGUUGAUUUUUAUUCAAUUCUUGGAUUGGAUCCAUCUGCAGAGAAGUCAGUACUGAAAAGACGCUAUAAAAAGAUGGCUGUUCUUCUUCACCCUGACAAGAACAAGACAGUUGGAGCUGAUGAGGCUUUUAAGCUUGUGUCUGAGGCGUGGGCCGUGUUAUCUGAUAAUGUGAAAAGAAAUUUGUAUGACGCGAAAAGAAAUAAACAGUUAUCGGCUGCAACUUAUGGUAAUCCUGGUGUUUCAGGUUCGGAGAGUACUCCGAGACUCGACACGUUCUGGACUGUGUGCACCUCAUGUCGGGUUCAGUAUGAAUAUCUUAGAAAAUAUGUGAACAAAAGACUUUCUUGCAAGAAUUGUCGAGGGGUUUUUACAGCUGUUGAAACAGGAUCAGCCCCAGUGGCUUAUACUCCUUGGGCUUAUACUUCUGAAAAUGGAUAUGCCAACCACUCAUACAAUGCGGGUUCCUAUGUGCCAAGCACCUCGGUAUGUUUUACGAGCAAUGGGCCCACUGUUAUGCAUCCUACACAAGGCUAUGAGUAUGCAGGCACUGUAGCAUUUCAGUGGAAAACUUCGGAUUCUAAUGGUGUACCUUCUAGAUCUGUCGACAGUAGUAGAUCAAAGGUAAACGGGAGACACCGCCCUGGGGAUACACAGGCUCCUAGGAUGGGCAGGCCUCCUAAGAAACGAAAGAUAGAAAAUGGGGAAGUGGGUAUUAGAACUGAACAAGAUUUGGUAGUUAACAACUUAAAUGGAAAUGGUAGUGAUAUUCCAACUAGAGUAUACUCGGUUGCCCCUGCUUUUGAUGCUAGAAAGUUGUUAAUUGAGAAGGCUAGAUCGGUAAUUCGUUGCAAGUUAAAAGAAAUGAAAUUAGCUUCUGCUACAAAGUCCGAAAAUAAUGGAAAAAUGCUCAAGAAAAGUAGUUCAAUGGCAAUAACGGUCCCUGAUCCAGAUUUCCAUGAUUUUGACAUGGAUAGAUCUGAGGAGGUCUUUAAGCCAAAACAAAUAUGGGCUAUAUAUGAUGAAGCAGACGGGAUGCCCCGCCUUUAUUGUCUGGUCCGCCAGGUCAUCUCUGUGAAACCAUUUCAGCUUCAUAUCAGUUACUUAAACUCAAAACCUGACACUGAAUUUGGAAUCAAUAAAUCGUGUGGAAUUUUCAAGGUUUCUCAUUCUGACUUUGUUGACCAAGUCAACAUCUUUUCUCAUUAUUUGGGCCGAGAAAAGGCUGGCAAAGGUGCGAUUGUCAACAUUUACCCUAAAAGAGGCGACAUAUGGGCGAUUUUCAAGAACUGGUCAGAGAGUUGGAGUAAAAAAACAUUAAAAAAAGUGAGGCAACAGUAUGAAAUGGUGGAGGUUCUUGAUGAUUAUACUGAAAAACUUGGAGUCUCUGUGACACCUUUGGUCAAAUUAGAAGGAUACAAGACUGUGUAUCAAAGGAACCCAAACAAGAACGCUGUUCGGAUAAUUCCAAGAAAAGAGAUGGUUCGUUUUUCGCACCAGGUUCCAUCUUGCUUGCUAAAAGGUCAAGGCCUGAACUUGCCAGAUGGAUGUUGGGAUCUUGACCCUGCUGCUACACCAGAACAACUUCUUCAGGCUGAUGCGCAUGAAGAGGAAAAGAAGGUCGGCGUUGCUACAACAGGUGUGGAAGGUCCUUAUAUUCAUUUACUUUGACAAGUGUGCGAAAUUGAUAGUGUAUAGAUCCAAACACAUAGUGAUGGGGGACUAUUGAUGAGAAACUUAGGUAGCUGGAACUCGAAGGGAUCAUAAGGUGAUCCUGGCGGCUUAAGCUCAAAUUGGUUUUAGUAUGGCUGAAAGAUGUUGGUUUAGAAACCUGUACUAAUUACUUGUGAAUCAAGAUGUACUAAUUACUUUUAUAUACCCCUGAUGCGUUAACAUGCUGCACUUUUAAGCAUCCCAUUCCACUUUUUACCCAGUCAGUGAAAAAUCGAGCUUGGGUCAUCUGGUAAUCAAUUGUUGGGUAUUACUCUUAAAACCUCCAAUCUAGGAUGAAUACUUAGAAUUGUUUAAAGUCUUUAUAGACAUUACGAGUUCUGAUAAAUCAAUGUAGUCGAAGUCUGCUUAAGACUUAUCAUAUAUAUUUCCUUUUUAACGUUUCAA